AUGGGACCAACAUCUACGCUCGCCGUUUUGGCCAUCCUGGCCUCGAGGACAGCGCUCACGGCUGCGCAGAUGCAGCUUUAUACUCCUGAAGAGUUUACAUCGCUAUCUUCAGAAUGUGCCACCGCUUUAUCAGGGAACUUGUCAUGCUCGUUCAUCGAGACUGGUGAUACCAUGUACAAGUUGACGGUCAAUCUGACAAGCGACAUUUUGGAUUCCAUGUGUACGGACGAGUGCAAGACCUCCAUUGCCAGCUAUCGAAAGGCCGUUCAAAAGGCAUGCGCCAGCGAUGAAUACGAUGACCGGGGGAACUCGACCAGUUAUGUCGGUAGCUCUGGAGUCUACAAUCCUAUUGUGCUACCGGACUUCUAUUUCACCAAUUAUGACCAGCGGUGCUUGAAGGACAGUCAAGGAAAUUACUGCUACCUGCACCUGAAGUCCACUGAUAGUCAAGAUGAGUGCGAUGAAUGUGGUCUGCAAAUGUUCCAGGCGGAGAUAAGCAACGGCUAUUUCUAUAACGAUGACCUGGCAGAGCAAUUCAGCUCCUUGACUUCAAACUGUGGGGUUUCGACUUUGAGUGUUCCGACUGCCACUUCAGUUGUUCUAAGUUCAGCAAUUGCCAUCCCGACUACAACUGUCUGCAGUGAGCGAAGUGCUACGAUUCAGCCAGGAGACACCUGCGAUACGUUUGCUGCUGCAAACAAUGUCAGCACAUGGAAAGUAUUGAUUGAGAAUGGCCUCGAGAGUGGCUGCGCAAACUUCCCUAGCAAUGGAACUCUCUGUGUGAGUGGAAAUUGUCAGACACAUUCGGCAUCCCUGAACGAUACAUGCAUGAGCCUUUCCUCACAGUAUAACAUCACGAUCACCCAGCUCCGCACCUGGAACCCGGUGUUGAACCCACUAUGCAGCAACUUUGACACUCUUGUUGGCCACGAGAUUUGUGUCAGCUAUCCUGGAAAUGCAACAUCAGAAGUCAACACUUAUGCUAUGAGUCCCAUCGGAGCGACGGCUACCACUGCUGCUCCCAUCCCAACUAAUGUAGUUGCGGGAACGAAUGUCUACUGUGGAAAAUACUAUUCAACCCAUGAUAAUGAUUACUGCCAAGCCAUCGCGAUGGCCCAAGGAAUCAACCUUGAUGAUUUCCUCUUUCUCAACCCCGAGUUGAACAAGAACUGUAGCAACCUUUACCUCAACUAUAGCUACUGUAUACAGCCAGUAGGAAAUAUUGAAACAUAUUCCGGGUAUUCAACUGCUACAGCUACUGGCUCCGUAACCGCGAUCUCCCGUUAUACCGGACAGAUCACAGGAACACCCACUGCAUGGGAUGAUCUGCCUGAUGCCACGGACAUCACGUCCUGGACACCAAUUGCCAUUCCCACCACCGCACACUUGGCAAAUGGCACCCGACUGGAUUGCGAGGAGUAUGAAGACAACACUUACGGAUCAAUCCCGUGCAACUGGCUUGCCAGUGGCGCAUCCACUUUGGAUUUUGCCAACUGGAACCCAUCUGUGGAAUUUUACAACUGCAUGCUGACCAAUAACACUCGGUACUGUACUUUGCUUGGAGAUGGUUAUGAUCUCGGUCAGGUUACAGUCAAUGAAACGAAGCCUUAUGCAGACACUCCAUCCAAUGCGGCUCCCAACGCUACCACAGCCUGCUAUUCGUGGUACGACACAGGAAACGGAACUGCAUGCAAUACUAUUCUUGCGUACGCGGACAUCACUAUCGACGCAUUCUACGCUUGGAAUCCAAGUGUCGGGAGCCGCUGUUCAAAUCUCUGGCUUAAUACGUCUUACUGCAUUGAAGGUACGGGAUAUGAUGACUCUCGGUACAUCAGCAGUUCCUCUUCGACACCCGCAGCUACUGCUACAUCAACCUCCGCUUUGACUUGUGUCAGUGCCACGGUUACUGCACCUGGUGAAACCCAGACUGGUAUUCCUUGCGACUGUAACAAAUAUUUCCUGCACAACACAGAUGGGGUCUAUUGCCAAGAUAUUGCGACUGAAAAUGGAAUCACUUUGGAUGAACUUUAUAAAUGGAAUCCAGCUCUCAACGGCGAUUGCAGUGGUCUAUGGCUGAACUAUGCGUACUGCGUCGGUGUAGCAUCUUCUACAACAGUCCCGACCACGGUAUCUGCGACCACAACAAUCUCGGCUUCCAGCAUGACCACCACAUCUGCUGCCUCGUCUUGCGCAACUGUGACAGCCCCAGGUCCAACCCAAACUGGAAUCCCCUGUACUUGUAACAAGUACUUGAUGCAGGCUGACGGUGUUUACUGCUAUGAUAUGGCUGCGGAAGAAGGCAUCACGCUGAAUCAAUUGUAUGAAUGGAACCCAGCUUUGGAUGGCGACUGUAGUGGACUGUGGCCCGGGUAUGCAUACUGUGUUGGCGUGUUGUAA